GAUAUCGAGCCAUUGCAACACAGCUUGAUAAUGCCAACAAUCCCUCGCGUCGGGCAAAGGGGUGCGUCAGCUGCCGCCUGUCCUUGAUCCCCUCCCAUCGCCAGUCUUCCCACGAUGGAGGCACUGAAGACACUGCUGGUCGCGAAUCGAGGAGAGAUUGCGGUGCGCAUAUGCAAGACAGCCCGCAACCUUGGGCUGAAGACGAUUUCGAUUUACACGGGAGCAGACGCCGCGUCGGCUCACGUUGGAGCCGCAGACGAAGCUGUUUUGCUCUCCGGGCCGGAUGCCAAGGGCUACAUCGACACGCAGCAGAUUAUUGAAAUCGCCAAAUCCAAAGGAGCCGACGCCAUCAUCCCAGGCUAUGGAUUUCUAUCCGAGAACACUGACUUCGCCAGGCAUGUUGCCGAAGCCGGAAUGGUCUUCGUCGGACCCAGUCCCAAGUGUAUAGACGACUUCGGCAUCAAGCAUACGGCUCGCGAACUGGCUGCAAAAGCGGAUGUCCCCAUCGUCCCAGGAACGAAAGGCCUUGUCAAGUCUGAGGAUGAAGCGGUCGAGGAAGCAAAGAAAUUGGGAUUCCCGGUGAUGCUCAAAGCCACGGCAGGUGGAGGUGGCAUGGGUUUGUUAGCAUGCAAGGAUGAAAACGAGGUCCGCCAGUCGUUCAAGACCGUUCAAUCUCGCGGCGAGACUCUGUUCAAGAACUCAGGCGUCUUCAUGGAGAGAUUCUACCCGUCUUCGCACCAUAUCGAGGUCCAGGUCUUUGGUAAUGGACUCGGUGAAGCAAUUCAUUUUGGAGAACGCGAAUGUUCAAUUCAGCGGCGGCAUCAGAAGGUGAUUGAAGAGUGCCCUAGUCCAUUUGUGGUGAAACACCCCGAAUUGCGGGAGAAGCUAGGAUCGGCGGCUGUCCGUCUGGCUGACUCGACCAACUAUGGUUCUGCUGGGACGAUUGAAUUCCUUGUGGAUGACGAGUCCGGUGCUUUCUUCUUUCUAGAGAUGAACACGCGCUUGCAGGUCGAGCAUGGCAUCACUGAGAUGUGCUAUGGGAUCGACCUGGUGGAGCUGAUGCUGAAGCAAGCCGACGCAGAGCUUUCCGGGAAAGGCGGACUCGAUGCUGAGUAUCUUCGCAGUCUUCAACCCAAGGGUCCUUCAGGAGCAGCGAUUGAGGUGCGGGUGUAUGCGGAGAAUCCGGCAAAGGACUUUGCACCAUCGCCGGGCACACUGCAACAUGUUUCCUGGAAACAGGUCCAGGGCUCUCGGAUUGAUGGCUGGAUCCACACAGGGACAAAGGUCACUUCAUUCUACGACCCUUUACUGGCCAAAGUCAUGGUCCAUGCAUCAGACCGUCCCGAAGCCCUGAGAUUGAUGGAUGAAAUGCUAGAAGGCUCCAAGAUAUUCGGACCACCGACAAACAUCGAGUUCUUGGAGGCUAUCUUGAAAGACAACACAUUCAAAUCCGGCAACACGAUGACAAAGUUCCUGGAGACAUUCAAUUUCCAACCUUCGGCAAUAGACGUCCUACAAGGAGGUGCGUACACGUUGAUAGAAGACUGGCCAGGCCGUCCCACCAUUGGAAGAGGUUUCUCGCAUUCUGGCCCAAUGGAUCCUCUAGCAUUCCGCAUAGCUAAUGCGCUCGUGGGCAACCCUCCGGGUAAGGAAGGCAUUGAGAUCACCUUGAGUGGGCCGGACCUCAAAUUCCUUGGACCGGCCAUUGUAGCCGUUUGCGGUGCUCCGAUGGAGGUCAAGCUCGACGGCAAAGACGCGCCCAUGUGGACACGCCUGAAAAUCACCGCUGGUCAGCGACUCACGAUCGGCAAGGCGACGGGAGGGGGAUGCAGAUCGUACUUGGCAAUAUACGGAGGCCUGCCCAGUAUUGCGACGUGGUUCGCCUCAAAAGCAACCGCCCCGAUGACUGCCGUCGGUGGCUAUCAGGGAAGAGCCUUGGCAGCUGGUGAUUUCUUGGUGAUCACGGCGGACCUACCCGACAUCAGCGGCGAGCUUGCACUGCCCAAGAAUCUGAUCCCGUCUUACCCAGAAGAGUGGGAUCUUCUGGCCAUGCCCGGCCCUUACGACGAGGGCUUCGUUACCAACGAGUCCAUCGAAGAGUUCUACAACAGCACUUGGACGAUUUCACACAAUGCGGCUCGAGGAGGCAUCCGACUGAUCGGCCCGAAACCAAAAUGGGCACGCCCUGAUGGAGGAGAGGGCGGUGCUCAUCCCUCAAAUGUCAUCGAAUAUGGCUAUCCUAUCGGCACCGUGAAUUGGACGGGCGACGAUCCCUGCCUCUUCCCCAUCGACGCGCCCGACUUCGGUGGAUUUGUGUCCGCUACGACCAUCGUGAAGGCCGACUAUUGGAGACUCGGGCAGAUGAAGGCUGGCAACAAGCUGAGGUUCAAGAGGGUCUCCUACCAGGAUGCCAUCGCGAAGCGCAAGGAAGUCGAGGACUUUUUAGGCACGAUCCACGACUGCUGCCAAGGGAAAGGCAGCUUCGAGCACGUUUCACCGCUGAAGUACGAGGGCUUCCCGCCAUCCGUCGAGAAUAAAGGAUGGGAGCCUGCAAUCAUCCACCAAAUCCAGGAACAUGGAAACCAGCCGCUCGUCUCGUAUCGACAGGGCGGUGACGACUUCAUCCUGAUCGACUAUGGUUAUGGCUCCUUCGAUCUCAACUACCGAUGCCGCGCAGUCGCACUCUAUCGAAAGCUCAGGGAGAACACUGGCGAAAUAUCAUUCUCCAACGGCGCGAUGCAUACUGGCAUGGCUUGUGGGAAUUCUCUAAUGCUGUACUAUGACUCCACAAAGGUUCCACGCCAGAAGAUGCUGGACUACCUUCUCCAGCUUGAAAAGGAACUCGGCGAUCUCAGUGAAGCCAAGUUCCCCAGCCGCAAGUACAAGCUUCCGAUCACGUUCCAGAGUAAAAGGCAGAAGGAAAGCUUGCAGCGGUACAUGGAGACGCAGAGACCCUAUGCGUCAUAUCUGCCUGAUCCAAUGGAGUUUGUGGCGAAGAACAAUGCCUUCACGCUUCAGCAGCUUCGGGACAUAUAUACGAAAUCCUCAUUGAUGGUGGUGGCCGUUGGGUUCUUUGUAGCCCUUCCAAUUGCUCUGCCAAUCGAUCCUCGGCAGCGUAUCCAGUGCCCGAAGAUGAAUCCAUCCCGCGUACACACCCCGGAAGGACAAGUCGGCUGGGGAGGGUCAUGCAUGGCGUUAUACAACGUCGAGUCGCCGGGCGGCUACAUGAAUACGGGCCUUUCCAUUCCCGGCGCUGACAUUCUGGGCUUCAAGAAAGGCUACAGCCCCGAGAAGCCGUGGUUGUUUGAAGAUUUCGACCAGAUCACCUUCUACGAAGUGACCGAGGACGAGUACGAAGGGAUGAUGGCCACGUUCCGCAGUGGCCGGUACGAGUAUGAAUACGAGGACACCGAAUUUGACAUGAAAGAGCACAACCAGCUCCUGAGGGAGACAAAGGACGAGGUGGCGCAAAUCCGGGCCAAACAGCGAGAGGCGCAGGCCGAAAUGGACAAGCUGGAGAAGGAACUUUUGGAGAAAUGGAGUCAAGAGAAAGAAGCCGGCAAGAUCAGCAUGGAUACAGUGGAGGAGUUGCUGCACGAUCCGGACAUUAUACCGGUCGAGGCUCCGUUGAACGCCAACGUGUGGAAAGUCGAGGUCAAGGAAGGCGACAGUGUCAAGCUGGAGCAAGUGGUCUCGAUCCUGGAGGCAAUGAAGCUCGAAAUCCCCGUCAAGGCAGAACAGAGCAUGGAAGGGGCAACGGUGGAGAAGUUGCUGGUCAAACCAAACGACGUAGUCCAGGCUGGAAAGCCACUGAUGCUUCUUCGAAGGGCUACCAAGGGAUGACGAUCCGAGCCUGUCUGUGACGGUGCCUAAUGCAGAGGGAGAGGAUGGGUUGUUGUUUCCAAGCCAGCGGUGUCAUCUGCGAGACUGAGGGAAUAAUUAUGUGCUUUAAACCUGACGGUGAUCCCGGUCCACUGAGGGCAAAGGAGUGCCCAACAGUCUGCGGCAUGUCGGGGCAGUGUCUAUGCCCGCACUUGUAGCGACCGCGGCAGUGCAUAUUUACCUCCUGCUUGGCCGGUGAACGCUCUGCCUGACUAUAUUAGCGAUGGGCCAUGUUUUGGACACCUUUGAGGUCCGCCG